UUACAGUCGAAGAAUAUAAAUUACACUUCUUUAAUAAAUAUUUCACGCGUAUUAUUUUAUUACUUUAUUCAGUAAUCCAUAUUCGUGAUGUUCAAAAGAAAGUGUUUCAACGUUAAAAGUUCAGGUAUGUAAAUUCAAAACCGCAGUUUUUUUUCUAUAUCUCGGGGGAAAAUGGCGUUAGAUCAACGUCAACGCAGAUUGACAGCUCUGUUCACGGUAUGAAUCUACAAUAUCCUGAGAACGGUUCACGGCAAUUCGUCAUCCAUUCCUCUAAACAGUUGGCAGAAUUUGUGCGUGCGGUGUGCGCUAGUCUGCCGACGGCGUCCGUUCACAGGAAAGAGAGAAGACAUCGGAACCGAGCCCCUUUGUCAAAUUAAAGGAAAUCAACGUCGUGUUGACGGCUAAAUCGAACAGCCAGACAAAAGAGAAAUCGAGGAAGUCCGAAGUAUAACAAGGUGAUAGUUGAGCUGUGUUUUGUUCCCCUGACCUCUUGAACUCCCCGCGGGUUUUUUCUUUCCCGCGAGGUGAACAACAGUGGUACAUAGCCGAACCCCUGACCCCUCCUCUGGAACUUCGCGCCUCGGCGCCUUGGCUGUAUCAAAAGGAAAGAGAAAGAAAUUGCGGAAGCGGGGAGGUUAAGGGGACGGCACGAAAGGGAGAACGCGCCGUCCAUCACCAUGAAGCUCGUUGACCACGUGGUGAGGAGCUUCAAGGUGGCUAAGGUCUUCCGUGAAAACUCCGAUCGCAUAAACAGCAUCGACUUCUCACCGAACGGGGAUACUCUGAUUUCCUGCUCGGAGGAUGACCAGAUCGUGAUCUACGACUGUGAGAAAGGCACCCAGGUGCGUACAGUCAAUUCCAAGAAAUACGGUGUCGAUUUGAUCCAUUUCACUCAUGCGAAAAACACCGCGAUACACAGCAGCACGAAAAUUGACGAUACCAUCCGCUACCUAAGCUUGCACGACAAUAAGUAUAUUAGAUAUUUCCCAGGUCACAGCAAGAAAGUUGUGUCGCUAUGCAUCAGCCCUAUAGAGGACACAUUUCUUUCUGGUUCUCUAGACAAAUCCUUAAGACUAUGGGACCUCCGUUCCCCUAAUUGCCACGGUGUUAUGAAUGUCUCCGGACGUCCAGUUGCCGCGUAUGAUCCGGAAGGCCUUAUCUUUGCAGCAGGUGUCAAUUCGGAGUUCUUGAAACUGUAUGACUUACGUAGCUUCGAUAAGGGGCCAUUUGUUACAUUUAAAUUGUCUCAAGAGAAAGAGUGCGACUGGACAGGACUGAAAUUCAGCAGAGAUGGUAAAACGAUUUUGAUUUCUACUAAUGGCAGUACGAUCCGUUUGAUUGAUGCAUUUCAUGGCACACCAUUACAAACAUUCGCUGGUUAUUUAAACAACAAAGGAAUUGCCAUCGAGGCCAGCUUUAGCCCUGAUUCACAGUUUGUAUUUAGUGGAUCUACAGAUGGUAGAGUACACGUAUGGAAUGCUGAAACCGGAUACAAAGUUUGUGUGCUUAACGGAGAUCAUCCUGCACCAGUUCAGUGUAUUCAGUUCAAUCCCAAGUACAUGAUGUUAGCAUCUGCUUGUACUAACAUGGCGUUUUGGUUGCCUACUGUCGAUGAAAGUGCAUAAAAUCAGUGCGUCAGAUAUUGAGCUCUGAUGCUCGCUAGAAUUUACCUAAUUUUAUGCAAGAAAGAACUGAAAAUGACAUCGGUUCAAGGAAGAAACGACAACAUACAGUUCUUGGGUAUUUCAAAUAAGCAGAAAUUGCAUUUACAUUACGUACAAAGUUGAUUAACCGACGUAUGAGACGCCGGUGUUGGAACAAACCCAAGAAACAGAAAAAAUAGUUUCAAUACCCAGGAAAUCGGCCCGCUUGACUCAUUGGCUUGCUUCGAGUAUGUCAUGUACUGUUUAUGUAUUUUGCCAUCAUCGUCACCACCAUUAUCAUCAUCAUCAUCAUCAUCAUAAUAAUCAUAUACUCUGUGGCGCGAUGAACGUGACCAUCAUACCUUGUCAAUAUUUAAAAAUUGUGAUAUACCAUCACUUCUUUUAUUUCUCAAAGUAUAUUACAAACAUUGCUAGUAUUUGGAAAUGUCACAUUGUGUACGUAAUUCCUUUUUGUGUACCUGCGUGUAAUAAUGAUACAGAAUUGUGAUACAUCGUAUAUCACAAAAACUCUAUGAAUUAUUAAUUGACACGUGAUUAUGUUUUAAUGAAGUUGGUAAUUUAAAUAGUUAAGUUGCUUUGAUUCACUGGACGAAAAAAAGAAAUUAACAUACAGUACUAAUGGAAGGUCAUAUAUUUUUAUGUAUUUUUUAAUUUUUUUUAGACAAGCUAUUCAUUUGAAAUACGUCUGUACAGCACAAAGAAAAGAAAAAGAGAAUGACGAGUUCAUUUUAACAUUUCGAGAACAAGUUAAAUUUUAUUUGCUCGCAAUAUUUUAUGACAUUAAAUUUCAUGAUAAAAUUGGUCGAAUGAAAAGAAGAAACGUAGUCGCUGAUAUCGCGCAUGGAGAUAUUGUAAUCAUAUUGCAUUAACACAUAUCACAACAAAUUGGUUUGAUUAAUCAAAUUUCCCAGUGGCCGUCCGAAAUUAGGGAUAUUUUUUGUAACCUCAUUGCAAUGGGCGUUCAUUUGAAAUUCAAUGAUUAUACGACCUCAUUACGCGCAAGAACGGAGCUUAUUUAUUAUGCGCAAUAAACAUGCGAAAUGUCUUGAACAGACACUUUGUUGUCGGCAGUAAGGUAUCUCAUGUUUCUACGACUUCCAUGCGAUAAAGGUAUAAUAAUUCAGAAAGUAUACUGCCAACGUUGGCACUUAUGUUAUUGUAUAUGUAUUAUUCUAGAUAUGGUAUCAUUUUUAAUCUACAUGCGUGGAACCGGCGGGCCGGGUGAGAAAACAUUCGAUGAUGGUAGGAAAUCCAGUUAAGUCAAAUCAUUUUCACACAGUAGUUUGUUCAAUUUUUAUGUUUACGUCGGCGCGAUAAAGCAUUUUAUUAAUAAGUCAACAGGUGCAUUGGAAUGAACGAGCAGCAUUUUAUUGCACAAGAGAGAAAAAAAGUGAAAAAGAAAAAAAAAUUCGACAAUCCAUCCUCUUCGUACGAUACAAUUUAUUGGUUAAUCAUUUUUUGUUCUGUUAUAUACAUGUGUUCAUGCAUAAUGAAUUAUCGAAAUGGCGUUGUUCACUUCAGGACAGAAAAACUUUAGACAUUAUGAAAACUACGUCAGAGAUAUUACACAAAAUUGUGUAACUUGUACCACAUGUUUACGACACUGCUCGUGCAUAUUUUGUCUGUUCGAUUAUAUAGCCUGCCUUCAUCAUACAUGUAUAUAUCAUUAUAUUCACAGUGUCCUCUAGAAUUUCUAGACGUUUUCCUUAACCUACCUUAUGCAGGAAUAGACGGUUAUAUUAUUCUAUACGGAAAAAAAAAAAACGCGUGUGUAUGCGUAAUAUGUAUGACUGCAUAUUUGUGUAUUGUCUAUUGAUUCUACAACGGUGUAUGAGUGCGUGUAUGAAUGCCUCUUUGUAUGUGAUGUAUUCGCUUGUAUAUCUCUUCGGCGAGCUCUUGAAUGCGUCACAUAUGCGUCAAUGCUUGAGAGUUCGCCACAUCUUGUAAAAUAGUAUUUUUCUAAAUGGCGAAACAGUGUACGCAAAGAUUGCGGUUUAUAUCAUACGAAACCGAAGAAGAACGGGAUUAUUAUUUAAAAAUGUAUCUUGCGCGUAAUUAACAAAAGGAAAAGGAAGAAGAGAAAAACCACGUCGAAUUUGAUGAACCAGAUCGAAUUACAGAAUUCACAGGGCACUCGAAGAAUAGGCUCGAAGAAAUCUAAUCGUCGUGAAAGCACCACGGAUCGAUCCACGUAUAUAGAUUAAAACACUUUCAUACUGCCAACUAUAAUUGAGUAAAUGUCCACGCCAAGAAUAUCUCGAAUACGAAUUUCUGCAACUCGUGCAACAUGCGAAACACUGUGUUCCCAAACGGAAAAAGCGACAACUUGUAUAUACUCUGACAAGUUUAACGACGGAAUAUUGUCUGAUCGAUAGAUUUACGUUCUUCCGUAAACGCGGAGAAGCGGAAAUUGAUCAUUGAUCGAUUAGAUUUUUGAGUGGUUAUAAGUCCACUUGAAAGUUUUCAUGUUUAAAGUAUCGGUCAGGGGCGUAAAUAAAUGUUCUUCUUUAUCGAGGUUGUAAAAAAUCCUCGUAAAAUUGUACAUGUAAGACAAAAUAAUCGCUUUCAUUUUAUAAAAAUUAAUCUUCAUUAAUGUUCUAUAUAUAUAUAUAUAUAUAUUUGUUUUGUUAUCUAUAAAGAGAAUACUCAGUCCAUGAGGAAAACAAUAAUGCUGUGUGAACCAAAUUUUUUUGUUAUGUUAAUCUAAUUUAAUUUCUUUUUGUAUUCAACUAUUUCAAUCGAAGAAAAACAAAUGUCUUUGCAUACGCAACAUCUCAUUUACGCCCCUGUCAUAAGCGUCGAUUUAUGCGGGCACUUAACAUAGGGAUUUAGAAUUGAGUUAAGAUUAGAUGUACAUUGUGUCGAUUGAAUGAACCUUAUUAACUAAGAGAGCAUUUUAUCGAAAUGAACUUAAGAAAAAAAAGAAGCAAACAAAAGAUACUAAAUGUGAUGAUUUAUCGAAAUAAUCUACGUUUAAUACGUUCUAUAUUUAGAAAUAUUUAUCUUGAAGCGUUCUAGUUUUUGACAGAUUUCUAAGUUCCUACGUUAAGUUUUCGUAACGGAAUAAUAGUCGACGUAUUUUGUAGACGAAACGUAGUCACGUUCAGUACUAAUUUUUAAUUGAAUCUGCGCAAAAGCUAAGCCGAUUAACACCUGUUAUACGUAAUGGUUUAUAGAUUCUUAGAGAACUAGGAACAUACCAAAAAAGAAUAUGUUAUUAUAUGAAAUAGAAAUUUCCACCGAAAAAAAACUGCAUCUUCUUCCAAUGAUGAUUUAGAGUACGCACAUCUAACGUUUAUAUUUUAUCAGUAAAGAAAAUUGCAAAUAUUUCUUUCGAAACAUUUAAAUGACAAAUGAUAUUGAAAUGAUUCUCAGAUAUUUAAAACAAGCGAUUCAAAUUGUAGGAUUCUGAACGUGUGUACUCAAUAGUUUCUUUCGUUGUGAACUAUUGUGAUUCUAAUUAUGCCUUGUGCAUAAUUAGCAGAAGCAAGAGAUGCGACAUUUGUACAUUAUCUUAUGCGCUUAAGUGUUUCUUAAUGCAAAAAGAGAAAUAUCUUUCCACUUUUAUAUUGUAAUAAGAAGUCAUUUUCCGUAAAAAAGAAACAAAAAUGUUUUGUGAUCAUUUUUUAUUUAUGUUCCAGUUCGCUAAGUAAAAAAUAAUUAUAAUUAACAUAGAACAAUAAAAUUUUCUUCCACAUUAAAUGUAACAACAUAUCAGCGUAUUCGUUAGGGAAUUUUAGUUGAGUAACAUCUUUUUAAGCGUAAUUCAUAAAAAGGAAUUCUCGGUAACGACGUAUCACUUAUUGCGCAGAUAAAAUUUUUUAUUUUUCGUUUGAAAUCAAUCUAAAUAGAACGCGUGAGAUCUUACUAAAAGAAACAAAUUCUAAUAAAACACUUUUUUUGUA